UUUAUUUGUUGAGUAAUACAAUUGAGGGUUGUAGUGUGUAUAAUUUUAUGUGAAAGUUUAACCAAUUAUCUCUUAUUUUAGCGAUGGCUAAUAAUAGCGCAGAAGUUCCAGGAGCUGGUUUUAUUUAUAGAGCAAUGGUGGAACGUGAUCCAGGAAAAAGAAGAGUUAAACCUGUGGAAAAACACUUACAGAUGCUAGAUUUUGGGGAUCUAGAUGACAGUUCUGAUGACAGUGAUUUUAAAAUAGGAGAUCAUGAACAAGAAGGAGGAUCUGAUGAUGGAGGAGAUACCUCAGCUAGCAGUGAGGAAGAAAGUAAGUCUGAGGAGGAAGUAGAGAAAAAGGUACAGGAGACUCCUAUUCCUAUUCCUCCAACUCAACCACCACAAAAUGAAGUUCCAGAUCAUUCUGUAGGAGAGUUGAUUGAGAAAGCCAUGCAAAGACAAAGCCAAGCUCGUCAGAGGAUUUCUGGUGAAGGGUCAUCAAGCAAAAUUAAAGUUCUUAUCUGUAGUGUGUGCCUUGGUGACAUUAGUCAAGAAGAUGAUGAGAUAGUAGAAUGUGACUUCUGUGGAGUAUCAGUUCAUGAAGGUUGUUAUGGAAUUAGUGACACUGAUACUGUGGUCAGCACUGUUUCUUCCAGUUCUACUGAACCAUGGUUUUGUGAUGCCUGUAAAGCUGGAAACAUGAACCCAGUUUGUGAACUGUGCCCAAACCAAGGAGGGAUCUUCAAAGAAACAGAUGUUGGAAGAUGGGUUCACCUUGUGUGUGCCCUUUACAUUCCUGGUGUUGCAUUUGGUGAUGUUGACAAGCUUACUCCUGUGACCUUAUUUGAAAUGCCUUAUUCCCGUUGGGGAGCAAAG